AAUGACUCAACCAUAGGGCUCAACUUCUCAAGGUGGCGGUGGCCAUCCAUUCCAUUCAUUGGUCGUGCAAGUUUUCGUGCUACGUUUCGUAGUUCGUAUAUUCGUAAAUAGUAAAAGAAUUAACGCCAAGCACUAUAGACAGUGAAAUUGUGAUAAUUUCCGUGCGUUGUUUAAUAAAGUUGCUAGGUGUGCUGUGAUUUUUAUUCCAUUUUUAAACAUACAGUAUAAAGUGUUACGGUAUCUUUUACGCCCGCAGUACUAUUUGUAGAUGUUGUGAAUUUCGUUUUUGUGAUAAUAUUUGUGCGACAAUGGCAGACAAUUCAAAAUUGACCGAAGAGGAGUUAGUGGAGAUCAGGGAACAGUUUUCUCAGUUGGACACCAGCGGCAACGGGUAUAUCGACUUGAAGGAGCUCAAAGACGCCCUUGACGGCGUUGGAUACAAAAUCCCACAAUGGAAGGUGCGAUGCAUGAUCGAAGAGUACAACGACAAUGGCAGAAAGACGGGACGUGGUGUCAACGGCAGUAUGAACGGCGACAUGAGGAAGAACGGCAUUUCCCUAUCAGAGUUCGAGGAUCUCUGCGGAAAUCUUAAAGCACAACAGGUAUCGAGCACAUUUAAACAGGCGGUCAGUAAAAAGGAGAACCUUGAACAUUUGGGUGGCAUGAGCGAAGCAUCGAGCGAUGGCACAACACAUUCCGUACGUCUGGAGGAACAGAUGGCCUUCUCGGGUUGGAUAAAUAGUAACCUGGAACAUGAUCCAGAUUUAAAGCACCUCCUACCCAUAGACCCUGAAGGCAAACAACUGUAUGAAAAACUUAAAGAUGGACUUAUUUUGUGCAAAGUCAUCAACCACUCCUGCCCAGACACGAUAGACGAGCGUGCAAUCAACAAAAAGAACCUCACGCUCUACACGAAGCAUGAAAACCUGACUCUCGCGCUGGUGUCAUCCCAGGCCAUCGGUUGCAACAUCGUCAACAUCGACGCACAUGACUUGGCCAAAGGCAAACCUCACUUGGUGCUGGGUCUGCUGUGGCAGAUCAUUCGCAUCGGUCUCUUCAACCAGAUCACACUUGAACACUGCCCAGGCCUCACAGAACUGCUUAAUGAUCAGGAAAGAAUUGAGGAUCUAUUGGCGUUAUCACCCGAAGCAAUCCUGCUCCGUUGGGUCAACCACCAAUUGCAGAGUGCGGGCGUGACGCGUCGCUGCACAAACUUCCAGCAAGACGUGGCUGACUCGGAGAUUUACUCCUACCUGCUCAAACAAAUCGCUCCUGACGAUGCCGGCGUCACUCUUGAAGCGCUACGGGAGACAGAUCUCCUUCGGCGUGCGGAAGUCAUGCUGCAACAAGCUGCCAAGCUCAAAUGUCGCGCGUUCGUCAGUCCCGCGGACGUCGUCGGCGGGGUCUACAAGCUCAACUUGGCCUUUGUCGCCAACCUGUUCAAUCAACACCCUGGCUUGCAGAGGGCCGACACUGACGACGGAACUUACCACCAGUUGGACGAAACAAGGGAAGAAAAGACGUACCGCAACUGGAUGAACUCGAUGGGCGUGGCGCCUCACGUCAACUGGCUGUAUUCUGACCUGACGGACGGACUCGUCAUCUUCCAACUAUACGACAUCAUUAAACCCGGCAUCGUCAACUGGAAGAAGGUGCAUCGCCAAUUCUCAAAGCUGCGCAAAUUCAUGGAACGCCUUGAGAACUGUAACUACGCCGUGGAGUUGGGCAGACAACUUGGCUUCUCCCUCGUGGGCAUCGCCGGUGCUGACAUCAAUGAAGGAAACGCCACACUCACCUUAGCUCUAAUCUGGCAGUUGAUGCGCGCGUACACGUUGUCCGUACUAACGCGGCUCGCCAAUACCGGCAACCCUAUCAUAGAGAAAGAAAUUGUGCAAUGGGUCAACAAUAAACUGCAAUCUGCUGGCAAAACCUCUUCGAUUAAGAGCUUCCAGGAUGAAGUGUUGGCGGACGGUAAAGUGGUGCUGGAUCUGAUCGACGCAAUCAAACCGGGCGCUAUCAACUACGAUUUAGUCUUGCCUGGAGGCAACGAAGAGGAGAACCUAGCAAACGCGAAAUACGCGGUUUCCAUGGCCCGACGCUGCGGCGCGAGAGUGUACGCGCUUCCCGAAGACAUCACCGAGAGGAAGCCCAAGAUGAUCAUGACAGUGUUCGCGUGUCUCAUGGCCCUCGACUACAUCCCCACCAUGGACGCGCCCACGCAUGCGUCGGACUCCACUGCAGUUCAAGUUGUAGAAAAUAGCGAAAUAGACGAACCAGUCACUUUGGAUGGUGUAUUGGAACAAUCCGAAGAAACACCAGUAUUGGAUAAUAAUAAUUUGGCAAAAAGUAAAUUAGAAUCGCCCUUACACGUACAAACCGAUUUAGCAUCUACUGUGUUCGACAACAAUAAUUAUGUAUACGAAGUGAACGAGAAUACUGAUGAAAAUACAGAUCCCAAUUUCAAUGAUCAUGUAAAUAUUAUCGAGAAACCUGCGUUGCCACCAAAGCCUGAUAAUUUGGUACCUGUGCGUUCUAUGUCUGUUACUGCUAAUGAAUAAAAAUUUUACUAUUUAUUAUUGCUUUGAUGACAAUCCUUAAUCAUUUUUAUUUAUUAA